CACCUCCCUCUGUUCACUCCCGACAUGGCUGACAAGUUCAAACAGGUAUAUCUCGAUAGAAACAUACACAGCCCGCAUUGACGAACACAUACCAGAUUGGCAUCAUAGGCGCGGGCUCAAUGGGCUCGGGCAUGACCAUGCUCUUCGCGGAGAACGGGCUCCAAGUCGGCGUCUUCGACGUCAAGCCCCAGAACAUCGACAACCUCGCUCAAAAUCUCGUCAGCGGCCUCGACCGCAGCAUCCACGAGCGCGUGCACUCCUUCAAGGAGUACACGCCCUUCCUCGAGUUCCUCGGCGGUAAGAGCACGCCCAAGCUCUUCGUCUUCAGCAUCCCGCACGGCAGCCCCGCAGACAAGGUCAUAGAAGACAUCGACGAGUAUCUGACCGACGGAGACAUCAUCCUCGAUGGCGGAAAUGAGUGGUAUGAAAACGCAAGGCGCCGCCAGAAAGCGCUGCAGCCUCGCGGCGUGUCGUACCUGUCCAUGGGCGUGUCCGGAGGGUACCAGGCUGCGCGUCGCGGGCCGUCCAUCUCCCCGAGCGGCGACAAAAAGGCGCUUGACUCUGUCUUGCCGCUGCUCGAGAAGUUCGCGGCGAAGGAUCCAAAGACGGGACUUCCCUGCGUUGCGAACCUCGGACCGUCGAGCUGCGGGCACUAUGUCAAGAUGGCGCACAACGGCAUCGAGCAGGGCAUCCUCGGUGUCGUCAACGAGGCUUGGGAGCUGCUGUACAAGUGCAUGCAUAUCCCGUUGGACGAGAUUGCAAAGACCUGGGACAAAUGGGGAAGUGAAGGCGAACUGAAACGAAACUACCUCGUUAACAUCGGCGCGGAAAUCUGCGGCAGACACCAUCCAAACGGUCCGCCAAGCCAUGUCGUGAAUGAAGUGCAAGACAAGGUUGUCCAGGACGCUGAUGAAAGCGAAGGUACCGGCUUCUGGACGGUCGUUGAGGCAGCCAAUCGACAUGUCUCCGCGCCCACGAUAGCGGCCGCCCACUUCUUCCGUAUUGCGUCCGCCGACCGAGCCCAGCGGAUGCAAGUGGUCGAGAACCUCGGACAGGGUUUGGGCGCUGCAAGGAAGCAGCAAGUGGAUGAUGCCUUCCGGACACAGUUCGUGGAGGAUCUUCGACUAGCGGUGUACUGCGGCUGCCUGGCGUCGUUCGCGCAGGGCCUGAACCUUAUUGCUCGGGCGAGCGAGGACGAAGGCUGGGGAGUGAAUCUGGGGACGUGUAUGCAGAUCUGGAGAGAGGGGUGCAUCAUCCGCUCGGAGUACAUCGCCGACAUUCUGCAGCCCGUUCUCGAGCAGUCUGGCGGAGUCACGAACGUUCUGACGCUGCCCGUCGUCGGCGAGGAGGUCCGACGCACAAUGCCUGCGCUGAGGAGAGUGGUCGGGCUGGGCCUGGAGUGGAAUGCUCACAUACCGGCACUGAGCGCGAGUCUGGAGUACUUCAAGUAUUGUGCGGGGAAGCACCUGCCAAGCCAGUUCAUGGAGGCGGAGAUGGACUACUUUGGGGCGCACUCAUAUGACCUCAAGUCGGAGGGGCCUGGGGAGGUUCAGAAGGGGAAACAUCACUUUGAGUGGAAGCCGGCGUAGGGUCGACGGCGGAAGUAGAGCGGACAGCGAGCGUAGCAGCAGAUGGAAUGCAAAUGUGUACUAUAGUCUAUAGACUCAGAGUAGCGGAUGUGUUGUACACGGU